AUGACGUCCCAGACGCAGACUCGCAGCCAUGCGGGCCAUCACCACCACCACGACAACUCGUUCCUGCUGUCGACCAACAAGAGCGAUGCCGGCGUCCGCAUCACCAGAAUUGGCCUCUAUGUCAAUCUGGGCAUGGCCGUGAGCAAGGGCUUUGGCGGCUACGUGUUCAACAGCCAGGGUGAUCUGACCGACCUGGUCAGCGACGUGCUCACCCUCGCAACCGUGGGCUGGUCGCUCAAGCCGCCGUCGAAGCGCUUCCCGAGUGGCUACGGAAAGAUUGAGAGUCUGGGUGCGCUGGGCGUCAGUGGCAUCUUGCUUGCGGGAGGCUUCUUGAUGGGCUGGUCAGCUCUGAUUGCGCUCUGCCAGCAGUUCUUCCCCGAGGCCGCCGAGAUCGCUGCCCAUUGGGGACUUCUGCCGCAUAGUCACGGACACCACCACGGUGCAGACGACCUGGGCCCGAACAUCAACGCUGCCUGGCUAGCUGCGGGCUCUAUCGUGAUCAAGGAGUGGCUGUAUCGAGCCACGCUCAAGGUCGCCAAUGAACGCAAAUCCGCCGUUCUCGCAUCCAACGCCUAUCACCACCGCGUAGACUCGCUCACCGCUUUCGUCGCACUUCUCCUGAUCGUCGGAUCGAACUUGGUGAACAACGCGAAGUGGUUGGAUCCAGUUGGAGGACUCGUCAUCUCGCUCAUGGUCGUCCAAGCCGGCUGGGGUAACACCAAGCAAGCACUGCUCGAAUUGGCCGAUGUGGGUGUGGAGACGGAGAUGAAGGACAACGUACGACGAGCAGCCACUGCAGCCAUCGAGAGCAUCACCACAGUCUCCGAGCCCAUUAACAUUCGUGCUAUCCAGGGUGUCAAGGCCGGUCAAAACUACCUAAUGGACGUCGAGCUUGGCGUCCCCGGCACCUGGACAAUUACACAGAGUCGGGAAGUUGAAGACCUGGUCCGGGAACGCAUUGGCGCAAAAGUACGAGGAGUCAAGAAGGUUCGCGUGCGAUUUGUCAACAACACGGCGGAGGACCCAGAUUUUCUCGAUGAAUUUAUCCCAGGCGACGUUUCUGCGACAUCAAACCCGGAGGCACACGAGCACGACCAUGGCCACGACCACGAACAUAAACACAGCGAGGUUGCUAAUGGUAGCGUAGCAAAGCGGAAGUAA